ACAUCCAUUGGCUAUAUUUGAGUAUAAUUAGUUGGAAUUUUCCCGUUUUGAUGGGUUAGGUUUUGUGCACUGAGUCUACAUUCUCAACGUGUUUGAUUCUGUCAAAAUCAGCGGCUUUUGUCAUUUGUGUUAGUAGUUCAAAAAUUCAGAAAUUUAUUAUUGUUUUUAGACAAAUAUCCGAUAUUUAGAUUAUUCUUGGAUUUAUCUUCAUCGAUAAGGCGAAAAAAAAGUUGAAACAAGUUAAUACUCCAUUGGAAAUUAAUCAAACAUCACAUCAUGCAGUAAAUGAUACAAAUUAUUUGGAAAUUAAUAGGCCUCACAUUAGUAAAUGGUUGAUUAAUUGAAAUAAAUUAAACAUGGAUAAAGUUAAAGGAAGAAUGAUCUUGUAUUAGUUUUCCGAGAAUGAAUUUUCUUGUGAUAUUGAUAUCAAUUCUUUUAUCUGUGAUAUGUGUCUUGCUAGCUUUACUUCAACAUUAUUACUUCAUAACCAAAUUUUACAAGAAACCUUCAUCAAAAUAUGCUCCUGAGUUUGAAGAUUUAAUUCCAUCCGAUAGAAAGAAUUUAUAUGAACUAGGAUAUCCAAUACAAAACCUAAACCAGGACGAAGAUUCAGUAUUAAAUUACCUGACAUCGGCAUUAAAAUCACAACCAAAGAAAAUUAGUGAGAAUAUUAAUAUUAUAAGUCAAAAUCCUAAAAAAAUGGGCAUUGAUACCGAAGUUUAUAAUGUCCUCCAAGCAGCCUUAGCAUUUAAAUCAGCUGGCAAGAAUAAUAAAGCGAUGAAAUUGUUCGAACAUGCCAGUGCUAUAGCACCGGAUAAUGCAGAUGUUUUGAAUUGGUAUGGAGAAUUCUUGGAACAACAACACCAUGACAUUGUCACUGCAGAUGAACUCUAUUUUAAGGCGCUAACUCAUUGUCCAAAUCAUGAAGCUGCUUUAUCCAAUCGCGAACGCACAGCUCCCGUAGUGGAUAGGCUUGAUUAUUUAUUAUUUAAAACAAUAGAUAAUAAAAAGGAUUACUUAAAGGAUAGAAUGAAACUCGACAAUUUUGACAGCGUAAAAAAACAAGCCUACUACCUUCAUAUUUACCAUACUGUGGGCAUUGAAGGCAACACAAUGACAGUUGAACAGUUGAGGUAUGUGUUAGAAACUGGACACGUUGUUAGUGGAAAAAGUAUAAUGGAGCACAAUGAGAUUCUUGGUUUGGAGAAAGCUAUGCAGUAUGUUAAGCUGCUUAUCAGAACAGACUAUAUUGGUGUUACAGAAAUUUUGGGGAUCCACCGAAGAGUCAUGGGGCAUGUUGAUCCGAUAAAGUCUGGGGUAUUUAGAGAUGAAAAGGUGUUUAUUGGUAGUCACAUUCCUCCUCCACACGAGGAAAUACCUGCAUUGAUGGAAAAUUAUGCAGAAUGGUUAAAUUCUGAAGAAGCUCACAGUAUGCAUCCAGUAAGAUACGCUGCCAUAGCUCAUUACAAAUUAGUUGAUAUUCAUCCAUUUGUGGAUGGCAACGGACGCACAAGCAGACUUAUUAUGAAUUUGAUUUUGCUUAAAGCUGGUUAUCCUCCAGUUAUGAUUUUAAAAGAACAAAGAGAACAAUAUUAUCAGGCCCUAAAAACUGCGAAUAUGGGCGAUGUUCGACCAUUUGUGCGAUUCGUGGCGCAUUGUACUUUACAAAUUCUUGACAUGUAUAUUUACGGAACAAGAUUUUUAUCUAUUGAUGGCUCUUCGGAGGCUGAAAAUCACGUCAUUCACUAUUAAGUGAUUAAUGUAACGACUUUCAAAAAUUUCCAGUUAAGUUGUUCAAUUAUUUAUUUUGUUACCAGUUUAAAAUUAUUUGCGUAAUAUAUUUUAUUAAAAAACAA